ACCAGGUCACGUCAAUCAACUGUUGUCUUGUUCGCAUUUCGCCAGCCUUCAAAAAGUACAUACCAUAAUUGUUACCUUCAGGAUGACUACCAGCUACUCGACAUAUUCUACAACCAUACUUGCUCGUAUGCCCACGAUGAUUGAUCAAGUCACCAAUACCUGGGAUGUCACCAGUCAUACCGAGAAAGAAGACUUUUCAGAAGGAGAUUUUACUCCACCACGUCUGGCUCUUUGUAUAUAAUUGUUUGUCAGAUAUUGCGCCUAGAUUAAUGAGGGUCAACUACGAAAAGCCAGCUGCAGAAGCGGAGUUAAUGGUUGCAGAUAUAAGAAAAGCUGCGGAUUUGAUCGAUGCCUCCACCAGUAAUAAACAAAAGGAGAAUUACGUUCUAAUCUGGUAUAUUAGAACUGGGCUGUCUUCAGUUUUAGACUUAGUUGAUCAUUCAAGUUCUUCUCAAAAGUCAUUAUUUUCUGAUGAAGCUUGGACUCAAAUUACAUCUCAGUUUGAAUCAGAACUUAGUCUUGAACUGUUACCAAUUUCACGUAUUUUAACUAGUUCCUGGUUGAUUAUUUCUACAGCUGUUGUAUCAUCAAACAACAUCACAUUGGGCUUAAACUACAUCUACAAAAUCUAUUCAAAACAAAACAACCAGAACGAAAACUAUUUGAAAUUAUUUGAGCAUGUGUUGACACGAAAUGGCCUUUACGUAUAUCAUCCAGCUUAUAGCUUUUCAUUGCCUUCCUGUAUUGAAGAACUUGGAUCUUUUAAACCAAUUAUGCAGAAACUACUCAGCUUUCAACAACAUGUCAUCACCAUUUCGAACAUCCUUGAAAAGGCUUUUGGUAAACAUGAAGAGGCUGAUAAAGAUGGUGAAGCCACUUCGAUUCUGAACUGGAGGAGAGAUACGUUUUACACACCUCCUAAAAACAAAGAAGCAAGGGUACCUCUGGUGCUAUUUGGUUCACCAAGCAGUAAUUUAGUUUUGAGGCUUAUAAAAACAAAGUAUUCAGAAGGCGAAGAAGGGGUCGUUUAUGAUCAGUUUGGAUGGGGAAAGAAAAAUGACAAAUGGCACAACAAGAUUACGAACGAAACUCAAGAUGAAAAUCCAUAUUCUGAAGAAUAA